AUCUUUGAAAAUCAAUUUUGCCCGAAAAGAUAAUAUCUGAUCCUAAUCCAUUUUACUCUAGAGCACAUCAUCAUUAGUCAUCGAAAAUUACCUUUAGCCUUUUGAAAUUACAGAAGAAUUUGAAGAAGAAGAAGAAAAGGAGAAUUAAGGUGUGUUUGGACAAAAUAUGAUAAAGUCGUCGACCGUACUUCGUUCUUGUUCACUCCCUUUGGUUCUUGAAGCCAAAGAUGUUAAUCGAACACGACCUUCGUCAUCCACGAAAUUUGCUUCGACUGUAACUUGUUCUUCCAGAAACCAUUCUUACAUUCCAAAGCUCGAGCCCUUUAGCCGUACCAAGUUCGAACGGAUCUUAAAGGACCCACCUUUGAUCGAAAAGUCCGAGAACGAGCUCGCAGAUUAUUGUUCCACCCUUGAAGGAGACGAAUCUUAUGGCUGCUGGAGAGCAUAUUUUGAGCUCAAAGAUCUAGAGAAAGAAACACCGAAAGCAGACGUGGAGAAGCUAAUCCUUCAAGCAGGAGGGGUGAAGUCCUUGAUUGGAUUCUUACAUGGUAUUGCAGAAAUCCACAAGGGGAAGAAGGAAUCAAGUUUGAGUCAGCCAUUUGGUUCAGAAAAUGAUGAGAGACCUUUUCCCAUACCAGAUGGAAUGCCGAAGUCACAGGCGGAGCUUGAAGAAGAAGAGAGUGGGAAAAUGCCUGACUCAUCCUUUACUAGACUGCUGAGAAGCAAAGGCAAGUUCCCUGCAUGGUAUUCCCCAACUCCUGACCAUGAAACUGAUUGAUCCAGAAAUUCGUUUUACAACAUGUAAUGGCUGGUUUCAGUUUUUGAUAUAGUUCGCAUUUUGAUACAGAAAUAUGUAUAUAUAUAGUUUAUAUAAAUAUGUAUAUAUAGUUUAUAUAUGUGUGUAAUGUUCAUAGCUGUUGGAUUUUUGGGUUAUUGUAUUUUGGCCAAAUGUAUCUUCAGCUAAUGCUUUUGGUUCUUUGGAAUGACUUUGGCUGUAUAAUUAUUUCGAGGGUGCAAUGAACUAAUUUUUAUUUCA